CAAUUAUAACCAGGAAAUGAGUAACAUCAGCGACUGAUCCGAACCAAAUCUCAACCAGAAGAUCGGAAGACCCUUCAUAACGGGGUUCUCUUCUCCGAAUUGUUUGAAAUGGGGAAGCAUUCUCAACUAUAAUCUGCAAAUAUAUAUAUAUAUAUAUAUAUAUAGAAGAGAUAAGGAUGGCUUCUCAGUUAGUGCAACCGCCUCUUUCAGCUCUCUCACUGUUCACCUCUUCCUCUUCAUCUUCUCUCCAAACCCUUUCCUUCUUCUACCACCACCGCCGCCGCCAUUUGGGGUUGCCAAGCGCUGGAGUUGCUGUCAACCGCCACCGCCAAAGGAGGAGGAGCACUGCUGGUCUUGUCUUCGUUGGAGCGGAAGAUACCGAACUGCGUGUUCCAUCCGCCGAAAUUGACUCUGAAGACGACGACGACGACGACGACGACGACGACCCUAAUCCCGAAGACCUUGAAUAUGUUGGCCAAAUCAAAAGAGUUUUGGAGCUUCUCAAGAAAAACAGAGACAUGCUUUUCAGCGAGGUAAAGUUGACUAUAAUGAUUGAGGACCCAAGAGAAGUUGAGCGGAAGAGGCUCCUUGGCAUUGACGAUUCUGAUGGUCCAACAAGGGAAGAGUUAGCUGAUGUUUUAGAGGAAGUAAAUGAAGGAAAAAUUCCAAAAAACAGUGUUGCUCUUCAGAUGCUGGCUGAAGAGAUGAUUCAAUGGCCUAAUUUAGAGGUUGAAGCAUCAAAGAAGAAGCCUAAGAAAUCCCUAUAUGCAAAAGCCACAGACACUGGUAUUGAUCCUCAAGUAGCUGCUAAGAGACUCAACAUUGAUUGGGAUUCAGCUGCUGAGAUUGAUGAUGCUGAUGACAGUGAUGAUACUGAAGUUCCUUCAGCUGUGGGAUAUGGAGCUCUGUACUUGGUCACGGCAUUUCCAGUCAUCAUUGGUAUCUCCGUGGUGUUGAUUCUAUUUUACAAUUCUCUCCAGUAAAAAUUUUGCAAUGCCAUUAAUGUAUAUUCCCUAUCCUUGCGGAAAAAGAUCAAAUGUCACUGGCUUUAAUUCCUUGAACUUUGUAUGUCAAAUUUAGAAAAUAAAAUGAUAAUUGUUUCCGUUA